GUGGUAGAUUCUGACUCGAGAGAACCCAUGUCAGAUGAGAUUCUCUAGCUAGAUUUCUAUCUUCUGAGAGUUUCCCCAUUUUGGAAAAUGCUGAUGUGAAGGGUGUGGCAUAUUAAAGUUUGUGUCUUGUGGUUGGAGCAAACGCUAAAGUCUCUUUCUUUCGGUCAAUAUUUUGAUGACUAAACGGAUAUUUGGAUUUAAUUUGAAAACCCAUUUCCAGUCUUCUUGUCUGCCCUCCUCUAGCUUUAGCCUUGUCAUGGGUGCCGAUAUCUGAACUCUCGUCAAUGUGGUGAUUAUUGGAGUGUUCUGGAUGAUGAUGAGGGACCACUUGUAGAUGAAGGAUCGUUAGAAGUAUUGGUUAUGCUUGUAUAUUUGAAGAAGUAUAUCUAUAAUAAAUCUUCUCAAGGAAAGCUGACUUCAAGAAUUGCUGUUCUUUACUUGGACCCUUUUCACUGAAAGUGCACAUCUUUUCUAGCUUGUUUUGGAUAUCCAUCUCACAGACUCACGCACUACUGCAAUGAUAUUCCGCCAUAACGGGCCUUGGCUAAUCAAUGGCAGAGGAUUGGCAACAAAAGUGAGAAAUGCUACUCGUUCUCCUGCUUAUCAAAUUAAAGACUGCGGAGCAAAUCGUGAAUGCCCAAAAUGCCAUUAUUGUAUUGACAACAGUGAUGUUUCUCCUGAAUGGCCCGGCCUGCCUCUUGGUGUGAAGUUUGAUCCUUCAGAUACAGAGCUCUUAGAACAUUUAGCAGCAAAGUGUGGUGUUGGAAACUCAAAGGAACACUUGUUUAUUGAUGAGUUCAUCCCAACACUUGAGGAGGAGCAAGGAAUUUGCUACACCCAUCCAGAAAAUCUUCCAGGGGCUAAAAGAGAUGGAAGCAGUGUCCAUUUCUUUCACAGAACAAUGAAUGCAUAUGCUUCUGGUCAUCGGAAACGCCGCAAGAUCCAUAGUCAACAUAGUUUGAACAAGGAGCAUGUCCGCUGGCACAAGACAGGUAAGACCAAACCUGUGAUGGAAAAUGGAGUGCAGAAGGGCUGUAAGAAGAUCAUGGUGCUGUAUAAAGGUUCAAAGAAGGGGUCCAAGCCGGGUAAGUUCAAUUGGGUGAUGCAUCAAUAUCAUCUUGGGACCGAAGAAGAAGAGAAGGAAGGAGAAUAUGUGGUCUCAAAAAUUCUCUACCAACAGCCAAAGCAGACUGACAAUAAUGAUGGCAGCCCGGUGGUUCAGGAUUCUGAAAUUAUGACUCUACAAAAUAGUCCUAGGACUCCGAAAGCAAACCCUCCCCAUCCACCUCGCCCUGGGAAAUCUGUUCUGCUUGAUGAUUUUGAUCACAGUAACUUACUCCUGUCCCCUGCUCAGGAAGCAGAAUAUGGCUCUAAAGCAUCUCGCGCCCCUGCACCUGAUAUUCAGACUAAGGACAAGAUGGAGUACCCUGCAUGGUUGGCAGGCGAAUCUCAGGCCGUUGAGAACUCUGUUUUAAAAUGCACAGAUGAUUCAUUGCUAUGCAAGGAGGUUUUCGAUUCUCGUGCUGUAGAUCAUUCAAGCAUGAAUCACAUCUCUUAUACUGACUUUGUUAGCAACAUAGAUGAGGAUAGUGGAAUUAAUAAUGUGUCUCCCGGAAUUGCUGACCUUGAGAACAUAGAACUAGAUACACCACCUGAUUUCCAACUUGGUGAUUUGCUGUUUAGUUCUCAAGACAGUAUUCUCGGUUGGUUCGACCGGUUAGAGUGACAUUCUGAAGGAAAGUGGGAAUUACCGUGAAUUCUCAGUUUUGUUCCAUAUGAGAGUUCUGAUGUCACUAUCCUCUUCUCUUUCUACAUUUUCUUCUGAGGCAAUGGCUGGACCUCAUUUCUUUAAGGAAAUUGGAGUUUUCCCAUCUCUGCUGGGGCUCUUCGAACUCUGCUAGGCUUCAAGGCAUUCAGGGCCAUGGAGUUGGCAGACUCUUUCAGCUGUCUGGUAUCAGAUAUUGAUACCUUGAGCCGAUAUUACGGUUCAAGUUGAAUUCCAAAGCAUGCAUAUCAUGUUCUGGCUCUAUCUCGGCUUCUUCAAGCGUCAAUGCACCAUGUAGGUGCCUGGAUUCGGUGAUUCCUGCUAUCUAGAUGCUGUUCAUGUUACUCCUAGGGGAGAAACAUAAAGAGGCUUGUACGACAGAUGUAUUUGUUGUUUCUGUGGCUGUUAAAGAUUGCCACUGGUUAUGGCAUUUGAGAAAGCAUGGAAGUAGCAAUUAAAUACUUGGCAUUAACAUCUGCCGAAGAUGUAUUCCAUGUAGGAAACAUUGACAUUUGUUGAUGAUGUAUUGGAAGGAAAGUUUAUUGCAAUGAUAAUUAUCGUUUUGUUUUC